AACUGGAAACAAAAAGGAUAUUGCUGGAGAUCUUCAAGGAGCGGCAGCGAAAGAGUGCUGAAGCUGGUUCCAUCCCAAGUUUUUACAAGAAGAAACCUGAAGAAGGAUCCAUUAGCUCUAGAGUUCAGAGGUUGGCCAAGUACAGGUUUCUAAAGAAACAAUCAGAACUUCUGUUGAAUGCUGAUGAUCUUGAUGCAAUGUGGGUUUGUCUAAGAGAAAAUUGUGUUAUUGAUGAUGCCACUGGUGCUGAAAAGAUGAAUUACGAAGAUUUCUGCCAUAUUGCCACAGUCUGCACGGAGCAGAUUGGUCAGAAAUGCAAACGUUUCUUCAGCCCUUCAAACUUCAUGAAGUUUGAGAAGGAUGAUUCUGGGAGGAUUGCCAUCCUACCGUUUUAUCUUUAUGUUAUGCGGACGGUUUCUCUUACUCAAGCAAGAAUUGAUAUGAGUGAACUGGAUGAAGAUUCUGAUGGUUUCCUUCAGCCUCAUGAAAUGGAAGCAUAUAUAAGAGGACUCAUCCCCAAUUUGGCACAAUUGCGUGACAUGCCCACCCAAUUUGUUCAAAUGUACUGCCGCAUAGCUGCACGCAAGUUCUUUUUCUUCUGUGAUCCACACAGACGAGGGAAAGCAUGUAUAAAGAAAGUAUUGCUGAGUAAUUGUCUGCAGGAGCUAAUGGAACUACAUCAGGAGAGCGAGGAAGAGGUAACUGACACUGAACAGGCAGAAAAUUGGUUUUCCUUAACUUCAGCCCAGCGCAUAUGUGAUAUGUUUCUUGCUCUGGAUAAGGAUCAAAAUGGUACACUGAGCAAACAAGAGCUCAAGGAAUAUGCAGAUGGCACAUUGACUGAGAUUUUCAUUGAAAGAGUUUUUGAUGAGCAUGUCCGCCGGAGCAAAGUUGGAGGUGGAAACAGUCGGGAGAUGGACUUCGAAAGCUUUCUUGAUUUUGUUUUGGCUCUAGAAAACAAAGAUACUGCUGAAGGCUUGACAUAUUUAUUUAGAUGCCUUGAUCUUAAUGGAAGGGGGUUCCUUACAACUGCAGAUAUCCACACUCUGUUUAGAGAUGUACACCAGAAAUGGAUCGAGGGCGGGAACUAUGAACUUUGCAUUGAGGACGUGAGGGAUGAAAUCUGGGACAUGGUGAAGCCGGCAGAUCCUCUCAGGAUCUCGCUAUCAGAUCUGCUUUCUUGCAAACAAGGUGGUACUAUCGCCAGCAUGCUUAUAGAUGUGCGCGGCUUCUGGGCCCAUGACAACAGGGAGAAUCUUCUCCAGGAAGAGGAAGAGCAAGUGGAAGAGGCAUGAGUUUCUCACCAGAUGCCAAGUAAUCCUAUCUGCUGCCUCGCAGUCCCGAAGUUCUCACAACUGCGCUGUAUCAGUUACUGUAAGUCUGUAACCUUGAUAGUGUACUGGAUCAAUAUGCUACCAGUUCCCCGUAACUUGUAAGUGUUCUGUAGUGGUUUUUGGAACGUGUUGAGGCUAGUCUGUUUGGCCGUAUGGACAUGUACCUGGAGGGCCUGAUUGUAUGUACAUCCAAGCGGACAAUUUUUAUUUCGCGUUGCGCAUGUAAGCCUAUAUAACUAUAUAAGUAAUACGCUGUAUUAUGUUCGUGCAACUUUUGGUUGUUA